AUGAGGAAUCCACUAACAGCUGGAUCACCGUCAUAUCUUAAGACUCUUAUUUCUCCUAGUAAGAAGAACUUGAACCAGACAACCAGUCCACAAGGGCCGUACUAUCCACACUACCUCUGGAAGACACUGAUUUAUAUCAUGGCCAUCAAGAACCAAACGCUGGCCACUGAAUUGUUUCUCAUGGGCUUUUCUCAGGAUGUUAACACAAACAUUGUGCUGUUUUUGGUCUUUUUUAUUGUCCCUCAAUUACACACCCCAAUGUACUUCUUCCUUUGCAUUUUAUCCUUUUUGGACUUGUCUUAUUCUUCGACUGUCAUGCCCAAGUUAUUGGCAGAUCUUCUGUCUACUGAUCCCACCAUCUCCAUCGGUGCUUGUGCCAUACAGCUCGGCAUGGUACUUCUGUUGAGUGGUACAGAAUGUCUUCUACUGGCCCUCAUGGCUUAUGACCGCUAUCUCGCCAUCUGCCGUCCUCUUCACUAUCCGGUUUUGAUGAGGUGGAGCCUUUGUUAUGAAUUGACAGCGAUCAUGUGUCUUGUGAGUUUUAUCCUGUAUGUUCUCCCAUCUUUAUUGAUGCCUGUGCCCCUUUGUUAUCCAAAUCAGGUCAACCAUUUCAUGUGCGAGGUUCUAGCCGUGCUAAGUUUGGCGUGUGAUAAAAUCUACAUGAGUGAACUUGUGAUCUUCUAUACCAGUUUUAUUUCACUUCUGUUCCCAUUCGUGUUCAUUAUUGCAUCUUACGCUUGUAUCAUAGCCUCAGUAUUAAAGAUUCGCUCCACCGAAAGGAGGAAGGCUUUUUCAACUUGUACCUCCCACAUUUCUGUGGUGGUCUUAUUUUUUGGGACGGGAAUGGUUAUGUACUUUGGACCCGCAUCAAUGUACUCAUCAAACCGUGAGAAGUACAUAUCAAUUGUUUAUGUGAUUUUGACGCCAAUGUUAAAUCCUGUAAUUUACAGCUUGAAUAACAGGGACGUUAAAAUUACUUUUAGAAAAAUACUAUCCAAGCUAGCAGUAUCUUCCUCCUUGGGUAACAAUAUGUAA